GCCGCAGUCCGCCGCCGUCCCGGCAGCCAUAGCGACGACGCUACCUGCAGUGACGGGAGCAGCCGAGAGGGGGGCGGCGGCGGCGGCGGCGGGGGGGGCGCGCGGACAAAAGGGGCCCCGCGCGAUCCCGCACUCAGCGGCCCCGCAGGAAUUGCCAAAAUGCUUUGGAAUUCUUAAACGAUUCAAAAACUGAAGUCUCUGAGGAUACAAAAUCAUAAGAACACAAGAAGCAGCAAGGAGGAUUCAGUGCCAAUGCAGCAACAAAAAAGACAGCCAGAGUUAGUGGAAGGAAAUCUUCCUGUUUUUGUUUUUCCUACAGAACUUAUAUUUUAUGCAGAUGACCAGUCAACACACAAGCAGGUGUUGACUCUAUAUAACCCCUAUAAGUUUGCCUUAAAAUUCAAAGUUCUUUGUACAACUCCAAAUAAAUAUGCUGUGGUUGAUGCUACAGGUGCAGUGAAGCCUCAGUACUGUGUUGAUAUUGUGAUUCGUCACAGAGAUGUUCGGGCGUCUUACUUCGGGGUGAUAGAUAAAUUCCGUCUGCAAGUGUCCGAGCAGAGCCAGAGGAAAGCAUUCGGGAAAAAGGAUAUUAUUGCUACUCUGCUUCCAUCUGCAAAGGAACAACAGCAACAAAAGGAAGAGGAGGAAAAACGAAUAAAAGAACACCUGGCAGAAAGUGUCUUUUUUGAGCAGACUUUGUGUCAACCAGAAAACAGAACUGCCUCGUCGGGACCUAGUUUACUAACAGUCUUCCUAGGAAUAGUGUGCAUUGCAGCACUAAUGCUACCUACAUUGGGGGAAAUGGAAUCCCUGGUGCCUCUCUACCUCCAUUUAAGUGUGAAUCAAAAGUUAGUAGCUGCUUAUGUUUUAGAUUUGAAGAACAGUCACACUAAAUACUCCUGUCCUACUACCUGGCAGAAAUGAGGAUUUAAAGGAAACGAGCUAGGCAGCUUCAAACUGAUAGCUAGAGGUCUCAUCACCAUGGUUAUUUUGAGAACAUGAGCAAUGAGUUAAUAGGAUGUCAAACACCUUACUGUAUUUUCACAUCAUGAAUGUGGACUGCCUUUUACUCCCAUUUGGCUCAUUAAGAUGCUAGCAAAACCAUUCAGUGAUUUAAGAUACCUUCAGAAGUGUAAUAUAUUUUAACUGUGUAUAAUAAAUGAAAGACUCAAAGCACUUUUCAGUGCUUCUGUAACAGACAGCUGUGAAAUGUUCAGUGAUACCUGUGAAAAUAAUUUGAAAAACUUUUAUAUCUAUGCCUACUGUAAAAAAUCCUUAUUAAAGCAACAUUUGUUAUUUUUAGUCUAUGUUCACAUCAGUGUGUGAUCACUAUAAAAGCAAAUUGUCUUCUGUAAAACCUUCCUUUUUUUUUGUGGUUGUACAUGCUGAGGCUGGUGCAUAACACUUGUGUAUACAUAGCAGAAGGAUGAGAGUCAUGAAUAAUCAUUGAAGAAAAUGAAAGAUUCCAUCAGUGAAACUAUGAAAUAAACCAUGAAUUUUAGGUGAAGUAAUUCUCAAAUUCCUUACUUCAUCGUUACCAAAACAUCAUUGAGUGCUCAUUUUCUUACUUGGGGAAAUUUCUGCAACAGCCAUUUUGUAUCACAACUAUAGACAAUAAAAACAACUUCUGUCAUCAGAUCCUUUCAUUUCUUAGGGAUUCAUGUGCUAUGUGAAGUAAGUGGCAUCAGUGGGAGUUGAACUCACACUGCAAAAUAAUAUAAAAUUCAACAUUUUUUUCUGUUUUAGACACCAAACCAAUGAUAGCAGCAAAGGCAUUCCUCUACACCUUCCCUUCCUCUUGGGAAUUUCUUUUUCCAGUUUUGUAUUCCAGGCAAAUACUUAUCUUCUUCCAUAUAACAUUUCCUUUCCUUUGACAUUUUGUUGUCAAGAUGUUAAGUUUAAAAACAUUUCUAAUGAAGGGCCACUCUUGCUGCAUUUGAUUCAUACACACAAAUCUUUGCGUAUAAGAAGUCUAUAUAAUAUGCUCUGAUGUGUAUAAAAAUGUUUUGGAAAUUAAAUCUUCCCCCUGCAUGUUCUAGGUCACUGUUCAUGUGUGGAACUACAAUGAAACCAUGCAGAUAGCAGUAGUGUAAAAAUAAUUUAAAAAAAAAAAAAAAGGGAGAAAGAAUGGGAUGAGUUUAAGCUGUUGAUCACAGUACAUUUUAUAUAUUAAGUCUCUAGAGGGCAAUAAAAUGUUAUUCGAGGUUGAUUCUCAGAAGAAUGGAGAUUGUGUCAUCUAUAAAAAGUGGUCAAACAUUAACAUCUGUUUUAAAAAAUAAAUAAAAAAAAAGUUGCUAA